GCACUAGGCAAUUUACCCCCAGGCAACGCGGAUAUCAUGAAUGUCACAGACUGGGCACCUGGGUCACGGCAGCGCACCUUGCUGGCGUCCUUCCCCCCAGCGCAGCCAGAGGACCUGCCAGCCACGCAGAGGAUCGCCCCACCCUGGGGGCCCAGAUGGGCCUUCCGACACGACGGAAUCGUUCCCACCUGGACAUGGUCACGUGGAGACCAGGACGAGUUUCUAGUCAGCACGUACCAGACAGGCGUGCGACACCUGCUGUAUGACCUGGAUCACGAGCAGCGUUGGUUCCUCGGCAACCUGGAGUCG